AUGGUCGGCGCCGCCAACGUCGGGGGACGAGAAUACGGGCCCUAUUCGCCCCUCAACAGGCGUCCCAAUGCCGGAAAUACGCUGGAGGAUGAGGGCAAGAGUUCCGAGUCUACCUCGGAACGAUUUGCGGGGCCGACGGGCUCUGCUGCUGCAGCCAUGGGCCGCGGCGGCGGCAACUCGAGCACGGCCGUCGACAUGCGCGGUCCCGAGCCCGACGACUACCUCCAUGACCCCAAGGGCGUUGAUGGUCACUCCAACAAGAUCUCGGCUCGCGGCUUCUUCAAUGCCCUCACCCUCCUCGUCCUCGUCCUGGCCCUCCUGAUGCUCUUCGCCGGCUACCCGAUCCUCUACCAGCUCCUUCGCGACAAGGUGGGCACCAAGGGAGCCUUUAACCUCGGUGGCACAAACGGCACCGGCCAGGUGGCCUCUCUCGUCGGUCUCCGGGCCCUUGUUGACCCCGACACACCCACCGACGCAAAGACAUGGACAUCGCCGGUCAGCAAAAACACCUACAACCUUCAAUUUUCGGACGAGUUCGAACAAGAGGGACGGACGUUCUGGCCGGGAGACGACCAGUUCUUUGAGGCUGCUGACAUCUGGUAUGGCGUCACGGGCGACUACGAAUGGUACUCACCCGAAAUGGUCAACACGACUGGCGGCGCCCUCGUGCUGACCAUGACCGACAUUCCGGCUCACAAUCUCAACUUCCAGUCGGGCAUGGUACAGAGCUGGAACAAGCUCUGCUUCCAGGGCGGCUACAUCGAGUUUUCCAUCAUCCAGCCGGGCACCGAAGAGACCCAGGGCUACUGGCCUGGCGCUUGGACGAUGGGCAACCUCGGCAGGCCUGGUCAUCCGGGCUCCACCGACGGCAUGUGGCCCUACUCGUACUCGGGCUGCGACACGGGCAUUCUUCCCAACCAGACCAACAAGGCAGGUGGCCCCACGUACGCCGUUGACUCGACUGCUCAGUACGCGGCCAACGGUCAGCUGUCGAAGCUGCCAGGCAUGCGCUACCCUUCGUGCACCUGCGCUGGCGAAGACCACCCUGGGCCAAAUAACAACGUCGCCCGCAGCGCUCCCGAGAUGGAUGUCCUGGAGGCCCAAAUUCAGACCAAGAACGGUGCAAAGCACUCGUACGCCAGCCAGUCGCUCCAGACUGCUCCGUUCGACAACGACUACUUCCCCGUCAACAGCACCUACCAAAUCCACGGCACACAGACCGAGAUCAACACCUACACCGGCGGUCCCUACCAGGAGGCCGUCUCGGCCGUCAGCCAGGUGCCCUCUCGAGGAUUCAUGGGCGCCCCUGGCACUGACGCUGAAAAGUACGUCACUUAUGGUCUCGAGUACAAGCCCGACUUCAAGAUGAACGGAGACAGCUUCAUUACGUGGUAUGUCGACGGCAAGGCCACCUGGACCGUCACUGGCGACGCUCUGCCUGCGCGCCCCGAGAUGGAGAUCGGUCGUCGCCUGAUCCCCCUCGAGCCCAUGGCCAUCGUCAUGAACCUGGGCAUUUCCAAGCAAUUCCAGACGAUUGUAUGGGACGAAAUCGAGUUCCCCGCUCAGAUGAAAUUCGAUUACGUCCGCGUCUACCAGCAAAAGGGCUCGGAGAGGAUGUCGUGCGACCCUUCGGACUUCCCGACCAAGGACUACAUCAACCGACACAUGAACGCAUACACAAACCCCAACUUUACCGUCUGGGGCGACACGGGCAACUCCUGGCCCAAGAAUUCGCUGCUGACGGGCUGCUAG